UUGUUUCCGAAAUCUCCAAACGCAAAACACUAUCCUCAGCUCUAGAAAAAAUUCCUCUGUAUUGAUUGAAUUCGUCUUCUUGAUUUUUGAAGGUCGAUUCUUAAAAUCAUCUGUUCUUGUUUCGGCUUUCCGAUCAUCGUUUCGGCUUCUGUCGAUCUGAAAAUUCAAUCUCUUGGAGGAGAACCGGAACUCAUCUACUGCGGUGGUGACUGUUCUGAGGAAGAGAUCAGACGCGCUCUGCUUUUGCUUUUCAACAUUCUCGAACGAAUUUCUGAUAUAAAGAUAAAUCAGAGAAUCUCAGUUGAAGCGAAAGGAAAAGGAGAAAAAAGGCGAAAGGGAGGAGAAUAGGAAUAUGCCUGGGAGAGAGAUGGAAAGUUGUGAAAUCUAGGGGUUUUUCUUCUUCUUCUUGUAAGCGGAGGAAUUGGGUUUUGAGAGAGAGAUGUUUGGGCAGAUGGAAAGGACGUGCGGGAGCAGCUACUCGUGCGAUGCGGGCGUGAUAUCGCUCUCCAGAGAUCCCAAGCCACGGCUGAGAUGGACGCCGGACCUGCACGACCGGUUCGUCGACGCGGUUACCAAGCUAGGUGGACCCGACAAAGCCACGCCUAAGUCAGUAUUAAGAGUGAUGGGUAUGAAGGGCUUGACUUUGUACCAUUUGAAGAGCCAUUUGCAGAAGUACAGACUGGGAAAGCAAGCUAAGAAAGAAACCAGCCAAGAAGAUAUUAAAGAAGGAAAUUCAGAGGAACACAGCCAGAGUCAUUCAUCAGUGAGUAGCUAUCAUGUCCCCACGGCUAACAGUGAAGGAGAAAUCCCAGUCGCAGAUGCACUGAGGUAUCAGAUUGAAGUGCAGAGAAGACUGCAUGAGCAACUAGAGGUGCAAAGGAAACUACAGAUGAGAAUCGAAGCACAAGGGAAGUAUCUGCAGGCGAUAUUAGAAAAAGCCCAGAAGAGUCUCUCUUCGGACAUUACCGGGUCUGGAGGUCUUGAAGCUACGAGAGCCCAGCUCACUGACUUCAACUUGGCCCUCUCCGGCCUCAUGGGGAAUAUGUCCCAAGUGCAGGAAGAGAGGAAAAGAGAUACUGGGAACAAUGUACUGUCUGAUGGCACUAGGAAGUCUGACAAUUCUAUUCUGCAGCUCUACCAUGCGGAAGAAGAGCAAGAAAAGACAGUGGUGAAGCAUGAGGCUGGAGGCGGAUCGACCCUUUUUGAUCUGAAUGUGAACGGAGGCUAUGAAUUCCUUGGGAUUAAGGGAUGCGAGUUAGACCUGAAGAUGCAUGGGCAGAGACGAUAGGAUGUGAAAAAAAAUAUAAGAUUAAGAUGUAAGUGUAGAAAGUUUUGGUUUUGAGGCCUUUUGGCCUAUCUUAAGAGUUAUAGCGGUAGAUGUAUAUAGUCCAUACGCUAUAUACUUGUGUUUGGUUAUCACAUUUGCAUAUUUAUUGGAAACUGGCUAUUUA